AUGCCUGCGCAAUCUUUUCAUGCUCUCUUGGCGCGACGGGGGAAUAUCGCUCCGAUUCGGUGCGGCCCGCCACAUAUAUUUGCGGCCCCCGCGCCCAUACCCCGCCAACUUUCUCAAGUGCUUCUAAAGAUGUUGCCCAAAUUCUCCUCAGCAAGUCACACGAAAAGUCGCGAUUUUGACGUCAGCUCCACCAUGCUCAAUAGUGUAAUAUCUCCCAGGACGGAUACGCUUUUUCGGAAGUGGCAACAGCGAUAUGACAUUAGUGAACAAGCUUUCCACGCGCUUUGGGGCAUCCUUUCCGCAGUUGAACAUGAUGCAGAGCUCGAGAGACAUAACAGUAUCAGCCACCAAGUAUUCCCUCAGAGCCAGCCACUGGAUUUGGAUGGACGUCCCGCGGAUGGGUGGCUCCUCCACGGAAUGAUUCCUGGUGCAGACGCAGGAUAUUCAUCCAUCGGCAAUGGCUCCAACCCUCAGCCAAACACAGAUGGGAACUUUAUCUCUGGGGGUUCAAACAUUGAACUAUUCGAUGACGAUAUACUUGUUGGUGGAUACAACAUGGAGGUGGCCUACAUACCGGAACUUCAAUCUUUUUCGGACAACCUGGAUUUCUUACCUGGGGAUACCUCAAUCCUGGCCGAGCGGCUGCCUACGAAAACCCCUCUACCACAGAUAUCGUCCUGGAGUGAACGUUUACCUAAUGGAGAGCAACAAACAAUGUAUCAGCAUUUUAACCAAGCCCAAACAAGCUAUGUGACACCUUCUUCCGCAACCACUCUACAGAGGAAGCGCAAUUCCGCCCAAGACGCUGCAGAAAGUGCGAUUGGUCACAAGAGACGAAAAUCAACCAAGCAGUGCAUCAAAUGUUGGAUUUCUAAACGAUCAGUACUGCUUGCUCCUUUUUUCAAAAAAUUUACAGCUGCUUAUGCCCGUCUAGUGUGA